AACAGGCUUGGGGUAAAGAAAAAAACCCUACAGACUAUGUUAUGGAAAUGAGAUUUUAAAUAAAUAAUUUAAGGAAUAGAAACAUGGCCACAAAAGAUGGAAUGAAGAUGAGGAAAGUUUGCACAUAAUGCAACAAUCUGUAAAAACAAAGAUCUGUGGAGAACAAACUAGGAGUGAAGAUUGAGAGUAGGUCUUGCUUAAUUAACAGUUUUACUUGAAGGAAAAUUAAUUAUAGCAAAUGUGAUGGUUGUGGAGAAAAAGAAAAUAUGUGUUUUGAUGAACAUUUUAAAUAUACAAGUGAAAAAGUAAUGGAAAUAUGAAGAGCCUGGAGUCUAAAAGGAAUUUUGGGGAACAAAAUGGCAGAAGGAAGAAAUCAGGAUUAUAAAAUGAAGUGUCAUUUUUACCUAGUGCAAAAUUAAAACUUAGAAUAUAGUGGGAGAAACUUGAGAAGUUGCAUAGUGUUGUACUGUAGGGGGCGGUAUGCACCUCUAAAGUUGCUUGUAAUUUGCCAAGAAGAAGGAGGGAAAACAAGGAAACUGUCCUGUAUGUCUCUGCAUUUAUAAAUUUCUGCCUUGUCUUCGCACGUCGUUAAGACAAAGAAAAUGACUGACGCUGGUUGUUGGGAGCCGGAUCGCAUCCCGCUGGACUUAUUGAUGCCUACAGACAAGACCUCUGGAAGAGGAGAUUCCUCCAACACCUUCUUCAUUGAGACAGUUUUCGGAAAGCACGUCCCUCGGUCUGUCUGUGUGAACCCUGAGCCCACCGUCAUUGUGUUUCCUGCAGAUGUUAAGCAGAUGCUGAUAGUUAAAGAAGAAAUCUCAGAAGACCAAAAACCUAAUGUGGACCUGCAUGACCCAAAGUCCCACCACAUAAAGGAAGAAGAGGAGAGAGUCUGCAUCAGUCAGGGGGAAGUGCUGCAAAAUGUGAAGGAGGAGAUAGAAAGUGCCAUAAAGAGUGAGGAUGAGUGUGAAGACACCAAGAAGGAUGAAGAGGACAAUGAUGUAGAGUUGAAACACUUGUCAGACUCUGGACAGAAAACUAAAGUCAUGGACAGAGAUCCUGAGUCAGAUGGAAAACUUGUUAACAAACCAAAUUCAGAAAUAGGGUCUCAAGGGUUGCUGGAUAUUAAGAAAUGUUUUACAAAGAACAAAAAUGGUGGCUCACAAAGGAAGGCCAAAACAGGAGAUAAGUUUAGUUGCGAAGACUGUGGAAAAACAUUUAUUAAAAAACAGAAUUUAAACAUACACAUGAGAAUCCACACAGGACAGAAACCUUUCUGUUGUGAUGUCUGUGGAUACAAAUUUGGCCGUAAAUCACAUUUAAACUCACACAAGAGAUUCCACAUGGGACAGAAACCAUUCUGUUGUGAUCUCUGUGGACAUAGAUUUAGCCGUAAAUCUAGCUUAAACACACACAUGAAACUCCACACAGGACAAAAACCUUUCUGUUGUGAUCUCUGUGGACAUAGAUGCAGCCAAAAAGCUAAUUUAAACUCACACAUGAGAAUCCACACAGAACUGAAACCUUUCGGUUGUGAUCUCUGUGGACAGAAAUUUAGGCGUAAAUCUAGUUUAAGCACACAUGUGAGAAUCCACACAGGGCAGAAACCUUUCUGUUGUGAUCUCUGUGGACAUAGAUUUAGCCGUAAAUCUAGCUUAAACACACACAUGAGAAUCCACACAGGGCAGAAACCUUUCUGUUGUGAUCUCUGUGGACAUAAAUUUAGCCGUAAAUCUGUUUUAAGCAGACAUAUGAAAAUCCACACAGUACAAAAAUCUCUUUAUUUGUCUAACUAGUAGUUUUUUAGCCUUUUCUAAGUCAUCUUUUUUCACAUAUUUAAUCUGUAGUGCCUUGCAAACGUAUUCAUACCCCUUGAACUUUUCCACUGUAACUGGCUGUGAAGUAUUUAUGCUGGCCUACCUCAUUCUUUAUUUUAGCUGGGUUGAAGAGGAAUUAGUGUUAUUGUCCAUUUGUCGUUCUCAUGAUAUUAAUUUUUGUUCUGUGAUGAUUUUAAUUGACUGUUUUCGUGUUGAAGGAGUUUGACAUGUUGGCAGUACAGUCAGUUUUGGGGGGAAUGUUAAUUUUUGAAUUUUCCAUUGAAUUGUGUUGUAAGAAACAGAUUUUGUCUCUAUUGAUUUUCUAAUUCACAUCUAUGAAAAAAGAGAGUGAAGAAAGAAUAUUUUUCUGUCUCAGUUUUACUUAUUUUCUCAGAACAUGAAGCAGAACUGAUAUUUUAACUCACUGAAUUUUGUGUGCUUAUUUUGAACAAUAAUGUCAGUAUAACUACUUUAAUAUGAUUAUGAUGUCUUUGGUUGCUAAUUAACAGAGUUGGGUCGUAACUAAUUACAUUUACUCACUUUUACAUGAGUAACUUUUUGGAAAAACAUUUUUUUUAGGAGUAUUUCUACUAGAUAGAUAAAUCUUUAUUGUCAUUGUCACAAAAACAAUACUAAUACUAUGCUAUAUUUUACCUUUACUUGAGUAAUUUUAUGAUCAAGUGUCACUACUCUUGAAUAAAAUUUCUGGAUUCUCUACCUACUAUGCUCUGAGCAACUUCCCUGAAUGAAGAACAAGCUGUUUUAACCAAAAUCGGACA